ACCGCAGCUCCGUAAAAGAUUGUAAACAAACACACGUGUGGAGGUUAUUAGUCACAGCGAAAUUAUUUAAUUUUAUUGUAGCACCCAUAAACGAGAAUUUGGAUCGAAUUUUACAAAUUAAAAUGGCUUCCGAGUCGGUCGGCGAGAAUCAGAUAAUUAGUCUUGAAUCUGCGAACUACGACAAGGGCGUGGCCAAAAUCAAAGCAGAAUUCGUUUUGCCGAAUGCGAAGAAGGAGGAAGCGGACGGCGAACCUGAGAGCAAGAAGCCGAGGAAGGUGAAAGGGCGCCAGAGAGGUCAGAACAAGGCGAGGGGCGUACCCUGGCGCGCCGACCCUCGCAAGCAGGUGUGCGUGUCGCUGGUGGACGUGCGGGAGGGCGAGGCGUGGCCCUCGCAAGGGUGCGGCCGGCACCAGUGUCCGGCCGUGCACGACGCGGCCGCCUUCCUGGCCGCCAAGCCGGCCGACCUGGGCGCCAGGUGCCACCUGUUCGAGACCCUGGGCCGGUGUCCGCGCGGCCUGGCGUGUCGCUUCGGCUCGCACCACCUCACGCCCGAGGGCUUCAACAGGGUCGACCCGCGCCUCUACGACCCUGAGCGACCCCCCUCCACCUCCAACCAGCUCGACAAGGACGUGCAGAACGACCUGCGCAAGCACAAGUACGACUUCGGCGAGAGCGAGCAGGCCUGCCAGCAGGCCAAGGCUGACCAAAGUGCUCAGCAAAAAGAAGGGUCUGAAAAAAGUCUCGGGCCUGUCAGCGACGCAGACCUGAUCACAUUAAAACCUGAAGAAAAACCAAAGAUUGACUGGCGUGACAAGCUGUACCUUUCGCCGCUGACCACCCUGGGCAACCUGCCCUACCGGCGCAUCUGCAAACAGUUCGGGGCGGACGUGACCUGCGGCGAGAUGGCGGUGGCCACGUCCAUCCUGCAGGGCCUGCCUCAGGAGUGGGCGUUGGUGCGCAGACACGAGUCCGAGGACCUGUUCGGGGCGCAGGUCUGCGGCAACAACCCCCUCGUCAUGGCCAAGUGCGCCCAGGUGCUCGCCGAGCAGACCGACUUGGACUUUGUCGACAUCAACAUGGGCUGCCCCAUCGACCUGAUUUACCAGCAGGGCGCCGGCAGCGCCCUCCUCAGGCGCCACAACGUCCUGCAGCAAAUGGUCAAGGCCAUGGCCAAGGUCGCGCCCAUCCCCGUCACCAUCAAGACCAGGACGGGCGUUUACUCGGACAAAAGGGUCGCCCACUCGCUCAUCCCCAAGCUCAAGACCUGGGGCGUGUCGCUCAUCACGCUCCACGGCAGAUCUCGAGAGCAGCGGUACACAAAGUCCGCGGACUGGGAGUACAUCGACGAGUGCGCCGGACUGGCCGCCCCGAUUCCCCUCUUCGGCAACGGGGACAUUCUCUCCUUCGAGGACUACAACGCCAAGAGGCAGCUGGGCAAAAACAUCUCAGGUGUGAUGAUCGGCCGAGGCGCGCUGAUCAAGCCGUGGAUCUUCACCGAAAUCAAGGAGCAGAGAAACUGGGACAUUUCCUCCCAAGAAAGACUGCAGAUUCUCAAGGACUACACAAACUUCGGCUUGGAACACUGGGGCAGUGAUGACAAAGGCGUGGAGAACACGCGGCGCUUCCUGCUCGAGUGGCUGAGUUUCUUGUACCGGUACAUCCCGGUGGGCGUUUUGGAGCGGCCGCCGCAGAACAUCAACGAACGGCCGCCCCUGUACCGCGGCCGCGACGACCUCGAGACCCUCAUGGCCAGUCCCAACUGCGCUGACUGGGUCAAGAUCAGCGAAAUGCUCUUGGGUCCACUUCCGGACGGAUUCCAGUUUGUCCCGAAACACAAAGCCAACGCCUGGUAGCCGCGGCAAAAACCAAUAAAAUAGUCACAAUCUCACCUCAAAAAGUUUAUUAAUU